AAUACUGCUCCUAAAGGUUGAGACAUUACCCGCUAAGAUAGCUUCAGCGCAUUCAAUGAAGAGCAAGAUGGUAAUAUUUCUUGUUUUAUACAUGAUGUUUUUUCUUGCUGAUGUUGGAGCCGAAAAGUGUAGUCCCCCUGUGGGUUGCGCGUACUGUCACGAGUGGGACUACCAUGGUGAUAAAACACUCUUCGAAGCUUCGUGCAACUACCCUACUCUUAGCGCCAUUCCAACAACCUUUCCGAGCACACUGGGUAAGCUUCGGGCAUCCUACAAUCGUAUCACAAACCUUACACGCUCUUCGUUUGCGGGAUAUCCGUACCUCAAAUGGUUAAGUGUUGAAAAUAACUUCAUGGAGGUCAUAGAGAAUGGGACAUUUCUACGACAAGCUCUUUUGGAUGAGCUCUACUUGGGUUACAACAAGCUUGAACGAAUUACUCGUGGGACUUUGGAAGGGCUGAGAGAUUUACAGAGACUACGGCUGAGCAAAAAUACCAUUACCCGGCUGUACAAGGGAGCUUUUGAAAGUCUUCAUAUGCUCACGGUAUUAGAGCUCGCGGACAAUGAAAUUGAGUUUAUUGAUGUUGGGGCGUUUGGUGGACUUAGCCUACGGACGUUAUUUCUUGGCGGGAACUUAAUCAAAUUCUUUUCUAGUAGCACGCUUGGAAAUUUACCUUCAUUGACAUUGUUUGAUAUAAGUUUUAACAAAAUCGAAGAAAUCGAAGAAGGGAGUUUUCUUGAACUGCCAAACCUAUCAACACUACACAUGAAUGACUGUAAAAUACGGAAAAUUCCGGCUCGGGAACCGUUCAAGGGACUUCGAAAGCUAAAGGAGCUCGAUAUAAGUACAAACCCUCUAAACUUUAUUCCUGCUGAUUCAUUUCACGAAAUGAAAGGGUUAAGCAGCUUGAAUAUGACAAAUAUGAACAUUUCGGUCUUGCAUAAUGGAACAUUUAAUGUAUUUGACUCCUUAAGUGCGCUCUAUAUUAAUGGCAAUCCAUUGAUGUGUGAUUGUGGUCUUAAGUGGAUGAAGGAAUGGCUCGUUCAAGCGAGAAAUGCUUCCGGUACAAAACUGCACUCUGCUAAUUCAACAAAAUGCCAUUAUCCGAGCGAACUUGCGGGCCAGAUUUUUGACAGAGUGAACGAGUCACAUUUUGUCUGUUCGUGCGAAUCCUGCACUAUGAAUGACGCGUGUGAACAGUACAACACGUCAUCCUGUACAUGUAACGCUCAUUGGCAAGGGCAGAUCUGUGACACAGUGUGUAAUGCAAAGAAGCGGGGCAAGACUUGUACUUCGUUUGGAGCGCUGUGUUACUGCAGUUAUCCACUAAGGGCUCCAACAGUGGUUUGUCACGCAAACGCUGUCACGUUGAAUGGUUCUGACGGUAUGCGGUGUCAGUGUAGGUUGGGGUUUACCGGGAAUGGCACUCAGUGUAUCGAUAUAAACGAGUGCUUGUUAGAUCCCGGAUGUCACGCAAGCGCUGAGUGCAAAAACUCGCCGGGGUUCUACGAGUGUAUAUGCAAAGCGGGCUACGAGGGAAAUGGCAAAGAGUGUUACCCAGUUCUCCCGCCACCAAAACAGAUAAAGGUAUCCCUUUACAACGAGACUGCUGUGCAUGUCACGUGGUUUAUCAAUAGCACGUCCGAACUGACGAAAUGCAUUUUAGUUUGGAAAGAAGUUGGCGGGAAAGCCUGGAAAGAAAGAGUACAGAGACUUCAGCAAUGGAAUAAAACCGUUCUCGGGAAUCUUGAACCAGACACUACUUAUUUGUUGAAGUUUAUUCUAGUAAACGUCUACAAUUCACGAAGCCCGGUCAGCGAGGUAACAGAGUUCAGAACUAGUGAUAAUCCCGAAGAUCAGGGGAGGGGAGAGCUCGGUAGCUCUGGUUCAUCUAAGGCCGCGUUAACGGCGUCUUUAUCCACAGUGGCACUUCGUGGAGAUCCCGCAGUUCCGCUCGAUGAAUGGGAAAUCCCGCGGGAUCGGGUGGUACUGAAGGACAAGCUAGGCGAAGGUGAGUUUGGCAUUGUUAUGGAGGGAGAGCUUCUGAUUGAAGAAGAAGCUCCUCGUAAAGUUGCCAUCAAAAUGUUGAAGUCAGACGCAGACCGGAAAGACCACAAGGACAUGUUGCGUGAGCUGGACAUGUUCAAAGGCAUCGGACAACAUGAAAACGUUGUCAGUUUGAUUGGGGCAUGCACCCUUGGAAUGCCGCUGUACAUAAUCACCGAGUUCAUCGCAGGCGGCACCCUCUUGGAACUUUUGCGCGAGAGCCGUUGUAUCACGUCCUCUUACGUCAACGCAAAUCUUGUUUCAAAACUAAGCGGCAAAGAUCUACUGAAGCUAGCGUUGGGCGUGGCACGAGGGAUGCGCCACAUCUCCGGGAAUCGCUUUGUCCACAGGGAUCUAGCAACUAGAAAUGUAUUAGUGACAGAAGAUCUAACGGCGAAGAUCACGGAUUUCGGACUCUCCCGCGAUAUCUACUCGGAUGGUAUCUAUCUCAAUGCGAAGGGCGGGAAGUUGCCGUUGAAAUGGAUGGCGCCGGAGUCCUUACUUGAUUAUGUGUACACUACUCAGUCUGAUAUCUGGUCGUUCGGCGUUCUCAUGUGGGAAGUGUGGAGCUUCGGGGCGAUGCCAUACAGCGCUGUAGUACCGAAUGAGCUUCUCUCAAUGUUAAUGAGCGGCUUCAGGCUUAGUCGACCCCCGCUUUGUCCGGAAGAGAUCUAUGAUGUCAUGAUGUCUUGCUGGAAUGCGGAACCAGAAAUUCAACGCUUUUUCGAAUAUGAUUUUUAUUCUCGGCUGCAAUGGUUUAGAAUUUUCUUUGUGGAGUUGAGUACAAUAUUCAAUUCGCUUUAUCUAGAUAAAGAACUUCCUUUUAUCAUGAGGCUACUAGACGUCUGCUUCGUGUCACGCACCAUUCUAAUUCUUCUUGUCCUGACGUUGUGCGAGAACAGAGAAAUACACGAAGGGAUUUGCUCAAGGGAUUUGGGAAAAUGCAAAUCUUGUAAACAGUGGGUCGGAGACGGCGACACGAAUCUCUUUUGGUAUGAUUGCUCUAACGCAACUCUGCAAACAAUUCCUACAAGUCUUCCGCGGAACCUAGGAAGUUUAUCUCUAAACACGAACCACAUACGAGCGCUUCAGGCGAAAGCGUUUGCGAAUUACCUGAGUCUGCGUGUAUUGGAUCUGUCAAACAAUGAACUAUCAGUUAUAGCUAAUGGAACGUUUAAAUCUCUUGGCAAACUCAAAACACUCACACUGAACAGCAAUCGCCUGGAAGUUGUCUAUGCUGAGACCUUUCGCGGCUUAAGGGACCUACGCUAUCUGAGUCUCAGACAUAAUUCAAUUAGAACCAUUGGGGACGGAGCCUUUAGGUUUUCAGCAUUUCUUAUUUGUUUAGAUAUCAGUUUUAACAGAUUAAGUGAAUUUAAAACCGAAACACUGCGCGGGCUUAGCUCGACUCUGACAGAGCUCCGUUUAAGAAGCAAUAUCUUACGAAGAGUGGCAAUAAAACGACGGUUUAAUAUCACUUUGCUCGACUUGGGUGAUAAUUUACUCGAAGUCUUUGAGGUAGAUGCCUUUGAUGGCUUGUCACUGCGCAAACUCCGACUAGACGGAAACAAACUGGACGAAAUACCAGAAGCCUUUGCGAAAGUUGGGCAUUUCCUACAAGAGCUUGAUAUGAGCGGGAAUUACCUCCACGAGAUCACAAGCGACCAGUUACUAGAUCUUCAUGCUAUAGAAAGACUCGAUCUCAAUGAAAAUAAUAUUUCUAAAAUCCGCAUUGGUGCGCUUAGAGGGAUGAAAAAGUUGAGACAGAUUUCUCUUUCUGGUAACCCGUUAUCCUGUGAUUGUCGAUUGGUUUGGCUAAAACAUGUGUUAGAUUCCAGGCAAAAUCAACUUCACCUAUCAUCUCCCCAAAGCACAACCUGUGCUUCUCCGACAAGUGUCAAAGGACAAACAUUUCUUGGCUUAGAUGCUAGAUCUUUCCUCUGCACAUGCGCACAAUGUGUCGCAGAAUCAGAGCGGUGCUUUGGCAGACAGAACACGUCGUGCAGAUGCGACACUGAGUGGAGAGGUAACACGUGCACAAACAUUUGCGCGCGUGGCGAAAUCGUAAACACCUUUUGCGCAUACAUAGCAGGGGAAUGCCGCUGCAGCGAGAAUUGCCCGAGGUACUCUCAGUCUCGUAACGUCAGCGGGAGUAUCAUAUGCGAGUGCAAGAAAGGCUUUGUGCGAGAACCUGAAGGUUGUGUAGAUAUUGACGAGUGUGUGUACCCAAGAGUGUGUUCAGAGCACGCUAAGUGCAUCAAUACCCAUGGUUCCUACCUGUGUACAUGUGUGGAGCCAUACGUAUCGGGUCCUGGCGGGUGUGUCCUGUCAAGUGAUAGCAGCAGCAGAGUGCUCGUUAUCGUCGGCUCCGUGGUAGUGUCGGUGGCGGUGCUGGUCGUGGUCGUCUGCCUUAUGUAUUAUCUGCUCUGGAGGAGUCGCUACAGGGAAGAAUCGGAAGCGGAAGUGUCCAUGAGGUCAGGCUCGACCAGAAGGGAAGAGCGUCAAGAUGAGUUUAUGCCGAAGAACAAGGCGACUGACUAGGCUGCAUUUUUACAGAAGAGAAGAACGUCACGAUGAUAGUGCCGCAAAAAAAAGUAACCACGAUUAUGAUGUGUUUACACUAAAAAAGAGCGUCAAGAUGGUGGUGCGACUGACUAUGCUGCGUUUACACGGAAGAGGAGUGCGUCAAGAUGGUGACUGGCUAGGCUGCAUCCGCACUAUGGAUAAGACACGUUUACCCUGAACGUGUUAACUGCUACGCGCGCUAUCGUGGCCACGUUGACAGGUUUGGGAAAUCAGCCAAUGAGAUGCGAGAUAUGCGCUAUCGGAUUGGCAUCAAGUUCACUAGCAAACAAGCAUGGCGAAGGAAUACUUCAGUACACACCAAGACACGAAAGAAUCUUUUAAGCUAUGAUAUUUGUGUUAAAACUGUUCUCGUAUGCUCAUUGGCUAACUUUCUUUGGAAGAAAUUUGUCAUUGUGGCCACGGUAGCACGCGUCACAUUGUUACCUUUGUAUUGGUGGCCACGGUAGCACACGUCACAUGGUUACCUUUGUAUAGGUGGCAACGGUAGCGCGCCUCGGACUAAAAUCUCGACUCUGGAGCUCAUUGAUGAAACUUCCCAGAUUUACCUAGAUUAUAUUUCCGGAAUUAGCAAAGUAAUAAAAAUGCACUACAUUCUCAAUUUCUCAAACGUACGAAAGCCGAGAAAGGCCAUCAGAUUUCCGAGAUAAUAGUUUCCGAGAUGAUAAUUUCCGAGAUAAUAAUUUCAAAGAUAAAUAUUUCAGAGAUGAUAAUUUGAGAUGCUAAUUUCAGAUAUUAUAAUUUCGGAUAAAGAAUUAUGCCGGGUUACUGAGCAUGCAGCACUCGAUCAACACAACAAUUCCCCCCACAGCUACGUUCGGUCCUGAAGAGUUCUUCAAGUUUUCAUAUAUUCUGCCCUUACUAAGGUUUGUUUAUGUCCAUAAUUCAUAUUAAAAAAUAUAAUAUAUCCACGUAAGUCAAAAGCGCCAAGAAGGCAUCGGUGGAAAGCUGGAUGUGCUCUUUUUUCAUGCCGGAGCUAUACAAUACAGAAAACUAUCUACGCCAUGUAGACUUAGAAGACGUGCAAGCGUGCAAGCGCAUGUAUACUGAAUCCUGUGAAGACUAAGCGGAAAUAUGGAGGAGCUGGUGCAACUCAUAAAGCCAAGCUACACCCCACCAACUGACGCAGCUGUGGCUCUGGAAUUAUUUUCAGAAAUAACACAGAAACUUAAAGAGUUUCACCAAAUUUAAUAUAGCAGAUGAUUAAGGAGACCGAGUAUUCAAGUAACAUGAAGACCAUAUUCAUCCCGUUUCAGAAAUGUAAUUGUUUCGUUUAUACAGAGACAAGAUAAUGUUGUUGUUUUAUUUAA